UAUUUUGUGUUUGGGGUUUUCAGUCAAUUGUUUGCCAUUGCUUUACUGUUGCAGGAUGGAAAGCACACCCAACCUGCGUGUGGAGGCUGGAGAGCUGGUGCUGAGGCCUUCUAAGCAGGCAGCCACUGUGGAUAAAGUUCAUCUUUCUCCAAGUGGCUAAAGGGGUGCCCUUUGUCCCUAAGUACCCUGAGGCUGUGCUGAGGGAGGCCAAGGUCAGGGUCAUCCAAGGUGGAGGGAAUCCCUUUGAUGACCUGCUGGUGGCUAGUCAAAGUGCCAUCCAGUUUGGUCAAUAUAGAGGGAAACCCUUCAAAUGGAUGCUAGAAAAUGACCUUGGCUACUCCCUCAUGGUCCUGUCUGGGGAUCAGCGGGAGCGCGAGGCUGGCAGGUUAGACAGAGGUGCCCUCAUGGCUAAUAAGGAUGACUUUCUCAAAUAUGCCUGCACAUUUGAGAGGGUCGCAGAAGCCAUCAAAGUGCGCAGGCAGAGAGAGGGCACUUUACCUGGCUGUGACGGUGACUGUCUGGUGGGCUUUGGGGUCCACAAGAAGAGCACCUACAAGGAGCUCUAUGAGGCUACGGACAGGGAGAGGAAAAGCUAUGUGGAGUUCAUCCGGAACAAGGGCACCAGUACAGGCAGCAAGAUGGAUGCCUUGAAGAAAUACAUCUUGCUGAGGGACCAGCAGAGGAAAAAGAAGUCAUCUUCUGCAUCCCAGCCUGCUGUCCCUCAUCAUUCACGUUUGGCUUCUCCUCCUCCCACCCAAAGAUCCCAUUCCCAGCCAGCCACAGCACACGAGCCAACAGAUGAAGAUCUGCUGGCUUCAGCCAUGGAGGUGGAGCCACAGGUACUUCCACCACCUCCAGCGCCGAUCCGCUCACCUCGCUUAGAGCAAAGAGCCGCUCAAAGGCUGGUGUCAGCGGCUUCUGAGGUUGUUCUCCCUGAGGCCUGGAAGCACUCCCUUCCAGAAGAACAGCACGAGUGGAUCGGCCGCUCCCUCUUCCGGCGCUGA